AGAGGCGGACGUGAUGAGAUUCACAGAGCGAGGAUAUCGCACAUAUAUCUAAGGUUACCCACCUGUGUAUUGAGUCGAGGAGAAGGCGAGCUUGACCAUUGGGUAUACGGUACGGCCCGUCAACCAAUCGCCCGAACUACUGGUUGCCCUGAUCGAGUCAGUGGAGGCAUGGUGAAUACCAGCCAUGGAAAGCCAAUUGCAUUUCUGCGGUGGCACUGA